GGCAGCACAUGGUAGGCACUUACGUCCCCGGUACGAUGUAGCCUCCCAAAGGCAUCACCAAUCAAAACUAUACCAACGUGUAGGAAGGAUCAUACUGCUUACAAAGGGAACUGAAAGGAACGUUGAUUAGUGAGUGGGAACAGGUGUGGAGGGAAGGGGCGUGGUCUGGUGUAAUUGGAAGCAAUUGGGAGUCCUGUUAGAGUGCUAUGACCUUUCACAACACUUACUCUGUCAAGCAGGAUAGCAUGGAGCACAUCUCACUCUGGGGAAUUCUUUUGCUGAGUGCUCUCACCUGCUAUGAACAAAGCCAAGAGCCGCCCAGAGCUGUUUUAACUCUGCAGCCUAAACGGACACCGACGGGGAUAUACCAAGGAGAGACCGUCACUCUCCGAUGUGACAUACAGGACGACGGAGUCACUGACUGGGAGUACCGGUGGUACAGAGGUCUUAACGGCCUCGUUUCCUCCUCUAGUCAGAAUGAAUACAGUCUCGGUCCUAUUGAACCGUCUCAUAAUGGUGUCUACAGCUGUAUGGGAGUACGGAGGAGUAACUCACAGAAGUCCAGCAUCAGUGAUGACGUCACACUAACCGUGUCAUGGAUGGUUUCUCCUCACCUGACCAUGUCUCCUUCAUGGUGGGCGAAUGCUGGAGACUCAGUAACGCUGAGCUGUGAGGUUGGAGAUUCGUAUACAGGCUGGAGGUUCUCCUGGUACAAGGCUGUACCCUACAGGGAAGGGUUCCCCUCUUAUCCAGACAAGGACUUCUUUCCAGAGCUGCUACCGGACAGUGACGGAGCGGCUGGAGGCUCCUACUCUCUCAGCCUGGUUGGUCUGAGUCACAGAGAGAGAUAUUUGUGUAGAGCUGAGAGAGGAGACCCAGUCUAUUACACACACUUCAGUGAACUCCAGUUUCUCUGGGUAGAAGGUCAGUCUCCUUCAGCCUCUCUGACUGUCAGUCCCAACAGAGUUCAGUUUUUUUACAAUGAGUCUGUCUCGCUGGGCUGUGCUGUGCAGGGGGACUCUAAUAGAUGGAGAGUGAAGAGGUACUUACGAUGGGAAGAACCCAAAGUAUUGGAGUGUCCUACUGACUGGGGAUCAGUGACCGGAUCCACGUGCAUCUUCACAACUACAGAUGUCUGGUCAGACACUGGCGUGUACUGGUGCGAGUCUGAGUCAGGAGAGUACAGUAAUGCCGUCAACAUCACAGUGACCCUUAAGGGUGUGGCCCUGGAAAGCCCUGCUCUUCCUGUGACUGAGGGAGAUUCUGUGACUCUACGCUGUAGAUAUCAGGGGUCCCCAUCAAACCUCAGUGCCGAGUUUCAUAAAUGGAUGGACAAUGGCUACCUCACUAAGACUGAGCUAACAGGAGAGAUGACCAUCCCUGCAGCAACACAGUCAGAUGAAGGAUGGUACCGGUGUAAACAACUAGACCAGGGAGAAUCACAUGGGAGCUGGGUGUCUGUGAGAGCUCCAGACCCAGUGUGGUCCAUCUCUUUGCUCAUUCUGCUGUGUAGUUUACUGGUGGUUUCUAUCUUCCUGCUGGUGACCAUUGCACUGGUGGUGAAAUGCUGUAAGGCUAAAGCAGCUCGAUCAAGAGACAAGAGAAAUGACAGAAACACCACUGACCAAGUCAUCAGUAUGGAAUUACCAUGAGAGAUGGGUGGGGGGGGGGGCUGACCAGGUCAUCAGUAUUGAAUUACCAUGGGGGGGGGGGCUGAACAGGUCAUCAGUAUUGAAUUACCAUUUGGGGGGGGGGGGGGGGGGGGGCUGACCAAGUGAUUUGUAAUUAACAUGAGACGAAGCUGCGCUUCCAUCUUCACCUACAUGUGUUCAAUAUAUAUGUUCGAGCUUUGAGUAAGACAUUUUAUUUAAUUUUUUAUAAAUGAAUGUGGACAUGCAGUAUUUGAUUUUCAAUGACCGAGAGUGAUAUGAAAUGUAGGGUAGACACAAAGUAGGGCUCGGUGCCAGCAUUCGUACCCACCCAGCAUGGGAAUACGCUGUGAUGGUAACCAGGAAGACUUCAAGAAGACCAAUGUACUCCCUCGCCCUUGUAGGUUUUCAACUUUUGUCUUUUUUUUUUUUUAUGGGCAAAAACGAAAUAAUAUGCAUCUGGUAGAAGUAUAUUCAUCCACAACCACAUUUAUUUGACAUUUAUCUUAAAUGCGUUUUCGUGAAUUUGAUGAUUAGCUUGAGGCCCAUUCAGUACACAUGGACAUGAUUGGACAGUAAAGGGGAAGUUACUUUCGCAUUGGAUUGGUUAUGUGCCACAGCCACCCUCAGCCACACGGAACACCUUUUCUAUUAUUUUUAGUCAUUUUUUUUAAAUUUUCUUAUUUUUAAAUUUAAUUGAUUGGUUUCUUUUACUAAAUAUUCAGGCUGUAGCUCUUUCCAUGAUACUAUAACAGGCCUGUAAAAUGUUGUAAAAAUCUAUUUGUAUUAAAUAUCAGUCUAAAUGGA